AUGGGACACGCCUGUUCCAAAGUUGUAAAUACAACUCAUCUCACAUCUGUCGACCAUGGGUCAUUGAUACCGCAGGGUAUCUACACGGCAGAUAACGAUUAUGAUAUCAACAUUGUUCGCCAUUUAAUCAGGAAGGGCCAAUUAGCUCCUUUCUACACAGGUUUGAUUGAACCUUGCUCCAACUACAAAAAGCUUUCCUAUGAGACUGAAUGUCCCAUCUGCUUCUUGUACUAUCCUUCUAGAAUGAACAGGACGAGAUGCUGUGAUAAAUCGAUUUGCACAGAGUGCUUUCUACAGCUCCGAAGAUCUUCAUCGUCUCCGCUUGUACCUGCUGUUUGUCCCUUUUGUGUACAACCAGACCUGGGAGUAUUGUACAUUCCACCAGAAUGGAGUAAGCAUUAUACGGCUUUCAAGAAAAGAAGACUGGAUCUGUUUAAUAAUACAGAGGAAAAGAACCCAAGAAGAAAAUGGAGACUGGAUCGAGAUGAUCCGGAUGUGGUGCUCGUCGACACGAUCAGACCUAGAUGGGAGGAAAUGCUGGAGGAGAGAAGAUCUUCUGCUGUUGGUACCACCCGCCGAAGACGCGUUCAAUUGAAUAAUGGAGAGAGAGGCUCGAGAUCAGCAAGAAGAUCAUCCUCAUCUUACAACCUAGAGAGAUAUUCAUCACAGGAGAGCACGCAUACAAUCUACGAUACAUUUGCUAAUGUUGAUUUGGAAGAUAUACUCGUUAUGGAGGCGAUUCGGUUAUCCUUGGUCGCAGCAAACGCUGCACCAACUACUGACAAUGAUACACCCCCGAAUGCCACUACUCAUAAUACUACGACUACCACCACCAACAUUUAA